UGCAGAUACCGUUAUCAAAAUUCAUCUGCAAGUAAAUGAGUACAUUAGCCACUCGUACGCAUAACUUUCUACAUCAUUAUAUUCAAAAACAGUCUCGGCCGCGCCGUCGGCAUGGCAUCACGUCUUCACUAUUUUCCACGACGAUCGAGGUCAUGACCAAAUCAUUAACGCCGUCACCAGUAUUUUUGUCAGUUACGAAAUAAACACGUCAUCAACGAUUACCUCAUACCUACCUAUUAUUAGACAACUACGCAAGCCGCCAUCAAUUCACGCCCUAGUGACCAAUUCUCAGUGCAACAAAACGAACGCGUCCGCAAAAAUGGGAAUAUACGUUCUCUCUUAUUUCCUUGCGACCCUAUUCGUUGCAGACUGUUACAGAAUUCUCGGCAUAUUCCCAUCGUUGGAUCGGAAUAAUUAUCUGACUUACCGUGGUUUGUUUAGAGAGUUAGCUACGCGCGAGCAUGAAGUGACUCUGAUUACACAUUUUCAACUCCCCAAUCCACCAGCUUUGUAUAAAGAAGUGCUAAUAAGUGAUCAACAAGUGUAUAAAGGACUAUCUUAUGAAUCUGUGAUCGUGAAUGAAGUGUCGCGAGUGCCGUUCGAAACACUUGUGUCGACUAAGACUGCCAACGACGACUGCAAGAAGCUAAUGAAUAACAAUCAAGUACUGCACAUGAUAAAGACGCGACCUCGCUUCGAUGUCGUUUUAGUGGAGUCGUAUAACAGCGACUGUGGCAUAGCAUUGGCUGCCAAUCUGAGCGCUCCGUACAUCGCUUUCAAUCCUCAGCCCGUCCAAGCGUGGCAGUACAACAGGCUCGGAAUCAAUUUCAAUUCCGCAUCCGUACCUUUAGCUAGCCUUCCGUAUGGAAAGGAUCCCUGGUACUUUGACAGAUUAAAGAGCUAUGUUCUAUAUCACAUUACCAAUUGGGUGUACUACGUUGGAUCGCAAGUGACAGAUCAUGUAUAUUUGUACAAGUAUUUGGGAGAUGAUUUGCCGAGUUUGGAGAGCAUCGCGGCGAAUGCCAGUUUGGUGUUUGUAAACACGCAUCAGUCAGUGUUUGGCGGUGUUGCCAGGCCUGAUAACGUGAUUGAUAUCGGAGGCAUUCAUGUAAAUCCGCCUAAAGCAUUACCAACUGAAAUUGAAAGAUUCAUAAACGAGGCAGAGCACGGCGUUAUAUACGUAAACUUGGGCUCCACGACCAAGGAUUCGACGAUGCCAGCUGAAAAACUUAGUGAACUGUUAUCAACAUUCAAUAAAUUGCCUUUAAGAGUACUUUGGAAAUGGGAUGGAGGCAGUAUUGAAAAUUUGCCAAGAAACGUGAUGACUAUGAGGUGGUUCCCGCAGUACGACAUUUUAAAACAUGAAAAUGUCAAGGCAUUCAUUUCUCACGCCGGCAUCCUCAGCACAGUAGAAGCACUAGAUGCUGGGAUACCAGUGGUGGCUGUUCCUCUCUUCGGAGACCAGUAUGGCAACGCGGCAGCUCUUCAGGACGCUGGAGUGGCUACCAUCGUCUCUUACCAGGAUUUGUCGAAGGAGUACCUCUUGAACGCUAUCAAUGAGGUCUUGGAUCCGAAUACCCAGCAGCACGCUAAGUUCCUGUCCAGAGUAUGGCACGACCGUCCGAUAUCGCCUCUAGAAACCGCAGUAUACUGGACAGAGUACGUCGCUCGAUACAACGGCGCGCCGAACCUCCAAGCGACAUCUGUGAACAAACCUUGGUACCAGCAACUACAGCUAGACGUCUUGGCUUUCAUAGCUUUAGUAGUGUAUGUUAUGAGCUACGUUUUGCGCAAAAUCGUCGGAGCGCUCUGCUGUUGCUGUUCUAAUUCUGAGACGAUCAGCGUUGAAGCGGAGGAAAGGAGAACUAAACGUGUCAAGUUCGAAUGAAGCGAGUAAGAAAAGUCGGCGAAUAAAACAUUAAGUAUGUGCUAGAAAUUGACAGAGAACUCAAAUCAGUCUUUUUUGAUUACGGAAGAUUUUCUAGUGCAGAAUUUGGAAGGCGAAGUAAGAGAGUCGCGCCAAGAUAAUUCUGCAUGUCAUUUGAAAGUGUAGAAAUGUAGGUAAUCAUUGAUGUCAAAUUUCUAUUAAAAAUAUGACGUUAAUAAUAAUGACGCUCCCUUAAUUUGUUCUAUUCAAAUCGAUGCAAGGUGAGCUUAGGGGGACUUAAGUAUAAGGUAUCAAUCGGGGACAUUCGCGGUGAACCGGUGAACCACUUCAGAACAAUUUUACCUCGAGCCUUACGAGCGAGCUAAACUCCGCCUCCCAUAAAGAUCACCAAUUACGAUGUAUUAAGGAUUCUUUAUCUUAACAAUGAAAAGGGUAAACACAGGUAAUGAGACAAACAAUAGGUAGUAAGGAAUGUUUAUUAGUUGUUGUUGUUAGGCUAAGCUUCGCCUCUUCAUAAAGAUAACCAAUUACAAUACGUUUUGGAUUAAGGAAUCCAGAUAUGGAUUUUAGUUUGCAAAUGCCGUCCGUCACAAAGACAUAAAUGGCAAUAAUCUUUACCUGAGCUUACCUUUUGUUUUCAACACCCACAAUUUUAAGUGCCAUGCUAUUGGUCAUCCCUUUUAUGAUAUCACCUGACCGUCUCCAAGACGUAUAAACGAUAUUUGCCCUUAAGGUAGUUCACCGCGAAUGUCCCCGAUUGUACCUAGUUGUUGUGUCUUACUUAGUAAUUUUACUCAAGUAUCUUAUUUAUGAUUUGUUAACUGUUGAUAAUAAUGACUCAUGUAAACAAUUUAUAUCGAUUUUUUUGCAUUUGUGGCUUUUAGCCUUCCUUGAGAUUCGGAGAAUCAUGUAAGGAGUGAAAGAAUAUAGUGGCUUAACAGGAAGUGGUAUAAAUAAACUAAUAAGUACGUAGUUACUAUAAAAACUAUGUAUUGUAUAUACUGGUUUUCAAACGCCAGUAGAUAAUAUUUUGUGUUACGAGUAUGCACUUUAUUAAUUUAUUUAUGCCUUGUGUCCGGUUGAAUUUCUACGUCAUUUUACAUUGAUCUUAACUGCUGUGUAAAAAUAUAAGAUAUUAAUAUACGACAUUACUUAAAUAACUAGAUACUUACUGUCUGUUUCAGAAAAUGCUCAUUUUUUUAUUUGAGACCCAUGGGUAAAUUUUAUGUAAUUUUGGACGCAUUAAUACGCUUAUAAUCUAAUUCCCAGUAUCUUCUAUAGAACUGACAAUUUUCAUAAGAAACCUAUGUAUUGAUUUACAGUCGUUAACAAAUAUUUAUACAUAAUGUACAGGGCCAUAGCACACUGGGUCCGAUUCGCACGUUACUCCAAAGUUUGACCG